GUUGAUAAAAGGGUCAAAAGACGUCGCCACCAACAGUGAGGUUUCAGUGCGGUGCCAAGUGUUUUCAGCUCUCGGAGAUUGUGGAUUUUCUCAAUUUUCCAAGUGAUAUUGCGUUUGCUUUAAAUUGUAAACUAACCUACACAUUCUUGAGUCAUAAUGCCACGACGAGGACGUUCAGCCAGCCCUCCGCCAGCUCCCCAGAGACGCAGGGCUGCUUCACCACCUCCGGUGCCUGUGGCUCCGCCGCCAACUGCUAUGGCUCCUGUUGGCGCUGCUCCCCAGCAGCCCUCAAUGUUCAAGCAGAUGGCAGCCACUGCUGGAGGAGUAGCCGUAGGAUCUGCCAUUGGCCACACCAUGGGCCACGCUUUGACUGGAAUGUUCAGCGGAGGAGACAAGGAAGUGGCUCAGCAGCAGCCACAACAACCAAUGAGCAAUGGACAACCCGGACAGUACAGCUCCCCGUGCAGCUUUGAGAUCGAGCAGUUCCUUCAGUGCGCCCAAGGCCAGUCCGACCUGGGCGUGUGCGAGGGCUUUAAUGAGGCCUUGCGACAGUGCAAGACACGCUACAACAUCGCUCAGUAGACAUCUGGCUCCUGUCCUUCCCCUAAAUUAGUAGUUGGCUAGCUAACUAAAGCAACCAGGAUGUCUGGAAUCAAUCUGGAAAGAAGAUAAAUCAUGAAAAUCUGAUGUGAAAUUAGAAGAAUUAUGUUUAAUCAUA